AUGAAAUAUAUUUUUCUGAGUUUAUCCAUAUCGAUCUAUCUAUCUUCUCUAUCUAUCUAUCUAUCUAUCUAUCUAUCUAUUUUUUCCGCCUGUCGGAGCCUGUCUCGAUUUGAUUUAUCUAUCGAUCGACAAAGUUCGUUACAUAUCUACGUUUUUUUUUUAUAUUCCUUCUUCUUUUUCGCUCCUAUCUUUUUUCUUUCUUUCUUUCUUUCUUUCUUUCUUUCUUUCUUUCUUUCUUUCUUUCUUUCAAUAUUCCUUUCUCCUAUGAGUUUCUCCAUGCCGUCCGUUCUUUCUUUCUUUCUUUCUUUCUUUCUUUCUUUCUUUCUUUCUUUCUUUCUUUCUUUCUUUCUUUCUCUCUUUCUUUUUCUCUUUCUUUCCAGUAUUUUCUUUCAUUCUCGCUUUCUUCCCACUAAUUUCUUUCUUUCUUUCUUUCUUUCUUUCUUUCUUUCUUUCUUUCUUUCUUUGCUUGAUCCCUUUGCAUCUUUCUUUCUUUCUUUCUUUCUUUCUUUCUUUCUUUCUUAUAUAUCCUUUUGUUCAUUUUUAUUCAAGCCAUUCUUUAUCUUUCUUUCUUUUCUUUCUUUCUUUCUUUCUUUCUUUCUUUCUUCUUUUUAUUGUAACCUUUCAUCUUUCCUUUCUUCUUUCUAUUCUUUUCUAUUUUUCGUUUUCAAUUUUCUUCUGAAACCAUUCUGUUCAUUAUACCCUAUCUAUCUAUCUAUCUAUCUAUCUAUCUAUCUAUCUAUCUAUCUAUUUCAGUCUGUUCAUAUCUAUCUAUCUAUCUAUCUAUCUAUCUAUCUAUCUAUCUAUCUAUCUAUCUAUCUAUCUCUGCCUUUUUAUUUUUUAAAGUGUUCUUUGCAUUUCAAUAAUUUGGCGAAGUAUAUUUUAAACGACACCUAUCAACAUUUUUCUUUAAUCAUCUCUGCCAGUCUUCCUCACCACUCACCCUGUUCAAUUUUUCCUUGUUGUUCAAUUUGA